GAACCGACAGUUUGUAGACGAAGACGGGAAUGUUUAUAUUAUGGCGAAAGAUCCUAAAACAGGAAAACUUAUAAGAAAAAUCCUUAAUGUAACAAAAGCUUUUAAAAAGAAAGGUGGCGGAAAGCAAAAGAAGGCAAACAUGUCGAAGGAAGAGAAGGCUAAAUACAAGACCGGAAAACGCAACGAAGAUAGUGACAGCGAUUUCAGUUAUCGCAGCGUUUAUACUCCUGGUGGCACACGUAAAGUUCGCAGACGUAAGCGUCUCGAGGACGGAACGUAUGCGUCAAGUGAAUCGUACCACAGUAGUCAAGACGAAGACGGCGAGGCCAGACGACGACGGCGACGACAAGAUCGUGAUCACGAAGGUAGCGCUCAUAGUUACUAUAGUGUCACGAGCCCCGGAGGUACAAGACAAGUACGUAAGAAGAAGAAGCGCGCGGAUGGAACGUAUAGCGACAGUGAAUCAUGUGCUAGUUCGAAUACAGAGGAGACAAAAACAAAAGCAAGUAAAAGUGACGAGGACAGCGAUUGUAGUUAUAAUAGUGAUCUCAGUGAAGGCGGAACAAGAACAGUCACCAAGAAAAAACGGUUACGUGACGAAGAUGGUAAUAUUAUUGGUUAUGGUGAAGCGGAAGUUGUUGAUGAUCCAGAAAACCAAUUACUACUGUCUGAUACUGGUUCCAUAUCACCCAGAAGAGGUUCAAUAUCAGACGGUUCAGAAGGUGCUUAUGACAGAUAUAUGUCCAAGAAACUACAACAACUAGAGGAUGUCGCCAACACGAUGCAAGAAGAUGAAGAAAGGGAACAGGAAGAAGAGAGAAAGAGAAAGAUGUUAGAGGAUGAACACAACAGACUUCAGCAGAGAGUCUUUGAUCCAACGUGGCCUGGAACCAAACCGACCGACAAGAAUAACAUAGAGUUACCGAACUUUGACGAUCAGUACAAACGUCUUGGUGGGCCACGAGACCGGGCGGGCAAAUCGCGAGAGAAAAUGGGCGGUUCCCGGGAGAAGAAGGGUCCUAAGCUUGCUAAUAUGACGGAAGAAGAAAAGGCGAAAUAUUUUGAAGAACAAGAAAAGAAGGAACAGGAGGAAAAGGAACGAGAAAAAAAGGAGCGAGAGAAACGGGAGAAGAGAGACAGACAAAACUUGAGACGGGAGAAGACACAGGACAAUAUCGAAGAAGAAAGAAAACGGUUAUUUGAAGAACGAGAAAAAAGGCGGGAAAGUAUCAUGAGUCAACACCGUCUAACCACGCCCUUGAAUGGUAAACCCCAGAGUAUGGUGACGUAUGAAAAAGGCACUGCUCGCGAUAUUAAUACGCCUAUACAAAAGUAUGAUAACAGACAACAGGGAUUGUCUCAUUCCGAUUGGACGAAAAAAACUAAAGAUGUGAAAGGCAACACGAGGAAGGGUCGAGAUAGUACCGCAUUUGAUUAUCAACCCUCUAAACUGAACGCCCUAAACAGAAAAUAUGGCUCAGAUAAGAAAACAGAUGAUAAUUCUGGAAGGCUAUCAAGAAAGGAAAAUUCCAUAUUGAACGACGUCAUUAGAAGUGAUAAAGAUCACAAUGACAACAAAGAUAAUAACGAUAACAAGACAGGAGAAUGGACGAAAUUUGAAGUUGAUGAAAACGGGAACGUAUUACUGAAGCCUGGUGAAAAAAUAGAUAUAAAUAAAAUGACCGACGAGGACUUGAUUAAAUUAGGAAUUGAUCCAAGUUUACCCAAAUCAGAAAUAUUGAAAAAGUUACGGGAGAAACUGGGUGAUGAUAUUGUGAUAACUGAAGGUGACAGAGUUAUAUCAGCGAAUGAGAAUGGUGAAGAGGAAGACUCACUGUUAAAUAUAAUGAACAAACAGAAGAAACUUGCAGAAGAUAAGAACAUAAAAGGUGUCCGAAGGGUGAAUCUGCUACUACGUUCAGGUGGCUCAGCACUCCGGCUUCACAUGCAGAAAGUUGUAGAUACGUCACAUCUUAAAGAAUACAACUAUUCUACAGACAUAGAUGAGCGAGAUUCUUCAAUUGAUUUUAUGUGCCAUUAUCGUCUGGUUAAUCCAGAUAGAUUAGACUCGUAUGCCAAGGCGUUUGUUGUAGAAGACGGUGAUCUUGAUACAGUUAUCACAUUUCAGGAGAUAAGAACAGCUCUAGAAGGCGUUCCAUCAGUUCAACAUAUAACUAAUAAACAAGUUGAUUAUGUCUUCAAGGUAUUACAUAUAGAUGAUGCCACGUUGGUGACGUUUCGUAUGUUUGCUGUCAUCACAGCAUUAUGUGAAAGGGUAACAGCUAUGGAUUCUUUAAGUAAACAUUUAAUGGAGAUAUGUAAUUUGGCUGAUAUUGAGAGAAAGUUAAAUCUGUAUCAAGCCAUGUUCUAUCACAAUAUACCAUCUGAUAGAACUACCAACUUUAUUACAUCGGAUUCCUUGAAAAUAGAACUUAUAGCUGGUGGCCUCAACUGGCAACAACAAAAAUACAUCAUGGAGAAAAUGGAACCCAACGACUGGGGAGAGAUUUCCUUUAUAGAUUAUAUGUGUUACAUUCCGUUGUUCAUGUCCAUGCAUGAUAAUAUAUGUGAUAACCCUCUAGACAUGUCAGAUACCAAAUACCAGAUGCCACCCAGAAAACGACCACCUUCCGUCCAGAGAGACAUGAACCCCUUAGGUCAACCAUUGAGUCAAAACUCGACAUUCUUAUUAAAGAAACAAGCGAGAGAUUUAAUGGAAGGGAAACUAGAUAAAUCGAUACUACACGCCGACAAGAUAGAACUCUUACAUAAAUAUGCAAAAUUACCAGAAAUACCAAAGAGCCGCGAAUCAAAAAAAGCCGAGGAAACCGACGAAGAAGAAAAAAUGGACCUCAUUUAUUGAAAGAAAUAAGACAUACCACCUAUUGGAAAUGUUCUUCUAAGAUUUAUUAAUUUAUUUAUGUGUUUUGUACUAAGGCGGAAUAAAUUAUCAAGACAUUGUGAUAGUUUCGUGAUAAUUACGGAGAAUGUGCUGUGAGUGGAUUGACUGACAUCUCCGAAUUGAAGGUGGUCGGAAUCUGAAUAAUAUGAAAUAUAUUAGUAACUGCGUGUAAGGUGGUAUCUGAAUAGCUGUGAGGCUUCCUCAAACGAGAAGUGUUAUAAGGCAUCCUAGAAAAUGUAAAAAUACGCUGCUUUGUGUUCGACACCCGCCACUACCCAAAGCUAACCGGAGCAAUGGUUUGGACGUGACCAUGGAAUUUGGAAGCAGAAACAGUUCGUAAAAUAAAAUAAAGAUAUGAAUGACAAUUGGUUGAUCUAGUGGGUUUUUUUCUUGUGAACUAAGAAUGGUGUAUAUUUUUAAUUUGUGUCAAAUUUGGAUAACGGAGAAGGGAAACAAUACUUUGUUCCGAAUGAUAAAUGGACUGGCUAUGAAGGUAUCUUUAUUAGCUGUUGUUUUUAAUUCAAAUUCAACUUAAAGAUGUCUUCCAUGCUCUUGGAAAUUUUCGUUUGAUAAAUUUACUCUUGUGAGAAUGUUAUUUAUUUCGGAAGAAUGUAUUACGAAAUAUGUUAUAGUACAUGUAUUGUUAAUAAUGCAUGAAUAUUGUAUUACAAUGCCUUUUGGACUGUGUACACCCCCAACGAUAUUUCAGAUCGCUGGUGGUCAUAAUACAGAAGAACAUUAUAUGUGAAUGAUGACGUCAUUUAAGAAACAAAUGUUUAUUGAUGGUGACCGUAAGAACAAGUUGAUGAUGUCCAUGAUGAAACAAUUAUUUUGACAGUGAUGACACUAAUCACGACGGUGACAUCAUUUCUGAACAGGAACAUCACGACGGUGACGUCAUUUCUGAACAGGAACAUCACGACAGUGACGUCCUUUCUGAAUCGGAAGAUCACGACAGUGACGUCAUUUCUGAAGAGGACGACGAUGAUGUCAUUUUUGGACAGGAAGAUAAUGACUUUAACAAUGUUUGAUAACACGUUUGUUAUGACGGUCUUGAUAUUUCUGAGCACGACAUACGAGCCUUAUAGCUGCACCUUUGAAAAACACGAUACUAGUAAGUUAGAUGUGUUUGAAAUGUAUAUGUAGGUUGGUUUGCAGUGAUUGUUUUUAGUAUCGUUCUUAGCAGCGAAAACAAAUAAUA